UAUAUCAAACAGUAGUUGUUUAUACUUGUGAUAUGUAUUUUUAGUGUAUGUAUAGGUAUACUACAGUACAGUAUAUAUAUAUAGAAUAUUAUCUAUAGUUUUUUGGUAUGAGUUAAUUGCUGUUCGAAAAGAGUAUAAUUAGUUUUAGAGUGCAUUUACUGCUAAUUAACUGUAAAUUAAUUGAAUGAAUGCACAAAACGAUUGUAUGAAUGAUAUGAUAUAAUCAUAAUAUGAGUGAACCGUUAAAUGUGUUGAUAUUAUUGACUAACACUUGAAGUCAAAGCAAACAAAUGUCGAGUAAAUCAAUGAUGGGUUCAAUGAAUGUCCAAAUGAGUGACAAUGAAGUGGACAGAUGUGUGAUUCGGGUGUCGGGAAUGACGUGUGCUUCGUGUGUGGCCAACAUUGAGCGGCAUCUGAACCGAGUGGACGGUAUUCACGGCGUUUUGGUGGCACUUCUCAGUCAAAAAGCUGAAGUCAAGUACGACGCGGCGUAUCUGAUGCCACAACAGAUCGCUAACAUCAUCACCGAAAUGGGAUACCCGGCCGUUGUGGCCGACGGCUAUGAGGCCAACGAUGGCGAACUCGAACUCCGGAUACAUGGCAUGACCUGUUCGUCGUGUGUCAACACAAUUGAGACCAAUAUCGGCAAACUUCCCGGUAUUAAGAGCGCUGUGGUGUCGUUGUCCACAAAUGUCGGUCGCUUUGUGUUUGAUUCAGAAGUGACGGGUCCGCGAACUAUAGCCGAUGCAGUCAGUGAUAUGGGCUUUGAUUGCUAUCCAAUAACAUCGCUAUCUAUGAGUAAUGCCUCGUAUUUGUCUCAAAUCUGUGAAGUGAAGAAAUGGCGAAACUCUUUCUUCUUUUCGCUGUUGUUUGGCGUCCCGUCGAUGAUAGUUAUGAUGUAUUUUAUGCAUCAAAUGCCUGCCAGUGGUGAACAUCAUGAAAGCAUGUCUACUCAAUACAACCUAUUGCCCGGACUAUCGGCUGAAAACUUUUUUCUUUUUUUGUUGGCCACUCCGGUUCAGUUCAUCGGUGGCCGUUAUUUUUAUAUUCAAGCAUUUAAGGCACUGAAGCAUCGGAUGGCAAACAUGGAUGUACUCAUAAUGUUAGCCACAAAUAUAGCCUACUUUUAUAGCGUUUCAAUACUCAUAUACUUCAUAUCUGUCGGUGCGGAACAUAGUCCGCGCACUUUCUUUGAGACGCCACCUAUGCUUUUGGUGUUCAUAUCAUUAGGUCGUUGGUUGGAACACAUAGCUAAAGGCAAAACAUCUGAAGCGUUGGCCAAACUCAUGUCACUUCAGGCCACCGAAGCUAUUCUAGUCGAAUGGGAUCAUAAUCUCAAUAGAACUAUAACAGAGAAGUCCAUUGAUGUCGAACUCGUCCAAAGAGGAGACUAUCUUAAGGUAAUUCCCGGAGCGAAGAUACCAGUUGAUGGACGUGUCGUAUACGGACAUUCAAUGGCUGACGAGAGUCUAAUAACAGGUGAAUCACUACCAGUUGCUAAACGGGUCGGCUCUCAAGUUAUCGGUGGAUCAAUCAAUCAAAACGGUAUGAUUGUUAUUUGUGCCACACAUGUAGGAAAAGAUACAGCUCUCUCGCAAAUUGUAAAACUCAUUGAAGAGGCGCAAACAUCGAAAGCACCGAUACAACAGUUGGCCGAUAAGAUUGCCGGCUAUUUUGUUCCCGGAGUGCUUCUCGUGUCUAUUACGACACUCAUCUCAUGGAUUGUUGUCGGCUAUAACUAUCCUGAGAUCAUAACAGCAUAUCAUUUACACGAUACUGAAGAUGGCUUUUCAAAACAUGAAAUUAUCAUUCAAUUUGCCUUUCAAUGUGCUUUAACUGUACUGUCUAUAGCCUGUCCCUGUUCUCUGGGUUUGGCUACACCAACAGCAGUCAUGGUUGGAACGGGUGUCGGAGCUCUCAAUGGAAUACUUAUAAAAGGCGCCGAACCGCUGGAAUCGGCUCAUAAAGUCAAAUGUGUUGUCUUUGAUAAAACUGGAACAAUAACUUACGGCACUCCUGUUGUCACCAAAAUUAUCUUAUUUGAUGUCAUUAAAGAUGAACCGACUUCUUGUUUACGAUAUUUGAAGACAUUAUUGGCAAUUGUGGGAACAGCUGAAAACAGCUCUGAACAUCCAAUUGCUAACGCUAUUUGUAAUUACAUUAAAAAAGCUCUUGAAAUUGAUGUCUUUGGGACGUGUGAUGACUUUGUCUCAGUUCCUGGAUUUGGUCUCCAAUGUCUUGUAUCUAAUAUUGAUGACUCAAUUGUUAAUUCUGAUAAUAAGAAUUUGAUGAAUGAAUUGAAGUCAUACUCAAAAUUAAAUCCCGACGCAGAAGUAAUACAAUUUAAUGAAAUUGAUAUAGAAUUUCAUAAAACAAAUAUCAAAAUAAUUGACACUUCAGACACUGAUAAAGCCUACGAUUUAAACUCAAAUAAUAAGUUUCGUGUUUUAGUUGGUAAUAGAGAAUGGAUGACACGGAAUGAAUUGAAUGUAACUCAAGAGAUCAAUGAAUUGCUUAUGCAAUACGAGAUUUGUGGACAAACGGCAAUUCUUUGUGCUGUCAAUGGAAGUCUUAGAUGUAUAAUAUCAGUGGCGGAUACAGUGAAACCUGAGGCACAUUUAGCCGUUUAUUCACUUAAAAUGUUAGGACUGGACGUUGUAUUACUUACCGGAGACAACAAAAAGACUGCGGCAGCCAUUGCUAAACAGGUUGGCAUAAAUCGUGUGUUCGCUGAAGUGUUGCCCUCACAUAAAGUUAAGAAAAUAAGACAACUGCAGUCAAAAGGGAUCAAAGUAGCGAUGGUUGGCGAUGGUGUCAAUGACUCGCCUGCAUUAGCUCAGGCAAACAUUGGCAUUGCUAUCGCUAAUGGAACCGAUGUGGCCAUCGAAGCUGCCGAUGUCGUACUCGUCAGAAAUGAUUUACUCGAUGUCUACGGAGCUAUUGAUUUGUCCCGACGGACAGUACAGAGAAUUCGUCUGAAUUUUAUGUUUGCCAGUGUUUACAAUGUUUUAGGUAUUCCUAUGGCUGCCGGUGUUUUCCUUCCCUGGGGUAUUGUACUUAAGCCAUGGAUGGGAUCGGCAGCAAUGGCUUUAUCAUCGGUAUCAGUGGUGGCCUCUUCACUGUUGCUUAAAUUGUAUCGAAAGCCUACUCGAGAAACAUUGCAAACACCAGAAUAUCUGGAAUAUGAGAGAAAAUCUCGAUAUUAUAAAAGUGAUUCAGAUUUUGACAAUAUUUCCAUUCAUCGAGGACUAGACGAUACAAAUAUUCCGGAGCCCAAGGGAUCAAUAAUUAGUGAUAAUUUAAGUAAAGUGUUGAAUAUGAUGCCCGUCUCAUCCAAAGCUAUCAUUAAAAUUGAUAAAAGUUGUCAACCAUUGCUUGACACUAAUGAUAAUACUAAUUAUGAAAUGAAUCAACUCGUCUAACAUUAGCAGUCAAUUAAAGUCAAUUAAAUAUUAUAUUGUGAUUUAAAUGUUACAAGUUGUCAAUUUUAAAUUUUAUUAACAUAUUUAUAUAUUUUUAACAUG